CUUUUAUUAAAGGAGUUAUGGCUCAGUUAAUAAACGAUUUAUCUUUGAAAAAAGUUGAAAAAAAAAAAAAAUUAACAAUUUGAUGUGACCACUGACACUGAUUACUGAUAUUAUUAAAAAACAGUUUUUGAUGUUUGAAAUAUUCCAGCCUCCGGCCACUCUAGAUCCACUCAGACAGAUUCUUCACCGGGCAUCAUGUCCACAUCAUCUCUGUCCCUCUCUGAGGACAAUGUAGAGAGGCGGUCAUGCAGAGAGUUGAUGAGCCUCAGCAGCAGAGGCUCGUACAGCGUCAUAUGGAGGUGGAGUGGUGAUGGAUCAGAUCGCCCAAACCAACAGGGCAACCGGUGUUUGUCCAGGUCCGACAGCCUCGAAGAGUGGAUGUGCCCUCCGCUGCCGGGUCAAGUUCCUGUCGGGCCGUCAGAGACUUCAAAUGGCCGAACUGCUCAGGGUGCCGUGGAGGAGGCUUCUCCUGUGAACAAGAGCUCAACAGAAGAACCUACAGAAUGUCGGAAGAGGAAAGGAUUUGGUUCUGUCUUCCAGAGGCUGUGGAAGGCUUUGAAGAGUCCUUUCGGCUGCUGUUUCCACAGUAGUGCUGUGGAUGUUGUGGAGCCUUUUGUCCCUCCAGCAGAUCUGGAGCCAGAGCCUGAUCCUGAGCCGUCACCUGCUCCAGAUCACUCCGCCGUCAAGACAAAUAACGAGUCCUUUGAGUCUCUCUAUAACGUGGGAGAGAUGAUUGGAUCUGGAGGAUUUGGCAGGGUGUACGAGGGAACACGCAGAUUUGACUCCAAAAAGGUUGCCAUCAAGCGGAUGCGCAAGACUGACAACAAUCGUUACCUUGAUAUUCCUGGGCAUCCCGAACCUCUCGUUACAGAAGUGGCGCUGCUGCUGAUGAUGAGGCGAGAACCCAUAAGCCCCUACAUCAUACAACUAUACGAGUGGUUUGAACAUCCUCGAAAAUUCACUCUGGUCAUGGAGUUCCCUGAACCCUGCGAGAGCUUGCUGGACUUCAUCGUUCGUCAUCCUCAACUGGACGAAACAACAGCGCGGGUCAUCAUGCGACAGGCUGUGCUGGCAGUACAACACUGCGUUGAGCAUGGUGUUUUUCAUAAUGACGUUCAUGCGCAGAACUUCCUGUUGAAGAAAAACACGUUAGAGCUCAAGCUGAUAGACUUUGGCUGCGGUCAGCUGUUGAGCAGCGAUGGCUACGAGAGGAACAUAUACCGUGGAAUACUGGAUUACUGCCCACCUGAAGUCUUGACAGACUCUCGAUUUCACGCCGUCCCAGCGAAUGUCUGGUCUCUAGGAGUGCUGCUGUAUGAGAUGGUGAACGCAUGUUCUCCUUUUCAGGACAGAGCGGAAAUCGCACAAGCCAAAGUUACAUUUCAGAACUCCAGCUUAUCCAAAGAAUGCAGAGAUCUGAUUAGCCAGUGCCUAACCCGGGAUCCAACUAAACGGCCGACGUUAGAGCAGAUGUUACAACAUAGAUGGAUUAGAAAUGAUGUAGAUUGGAGAAGUUCAGGAGAUUCACUCCAUCAGUGAUUACAGGAAAUAACAGACUUGCUGUCGUCGGUGGAGGGCUUGAACUCGAGAUUUGACUGAAGCCUGAAGUCCAACUCCAGCCUGACAGGAACUCAGAGCCGCCGCACCAGAGACUCAGAGCCUGUCCACGUCUGAGAAGAACACGAGAGACGACAAGACUGGAGAGAAUCAAGUCAUUACAGACACAUGUGCUUCGUUUAAAAAUGUCAAGACGAGUCAUCUUUAUUUAUGACCAAUCUGUCUGUGACUGUAUAUGUAUAUAUGUAUAUACAAUCUCUAUA